ACAUCGCACAUCCCUAAUUUACUGAAAUUUGCCAAUAAAAACCAUUUUUUGUAUUAUUAAAUCAAGAAGAAUAAAAAAACGUAUAACAGAAACAUCAUGUCGGCUGACGUGCGUGAUAUUUUGGACAUGGAGCGUGCCAAUACGCCGGAAGUGACAAGAGAUUCAUUUCUCGCCACGAAAAAACGCAACUUUGAACGCACUAAGCAUGCCUCGAAGCGGCCCGAGGGCAUGCACCGCGAAGUCUUCGCGCUACUCUACACAGACAAGAAGGAUGCUCCUCCACUCCUGCCAACUGACACUGCUCUAGGUAUUGGCGCCGGAUACAAACAGGCGAAGGCGCGGCUAGGCAUGAAGAAGGUGCGCAAAUGGGAAUGGGCUCCGUUUUCAAAUCCAGCUCGCAAUGACGCUGCUGUUUUUCACCAUUGGAAGCGCGUGAGCGACGAUUCUUCCGACUAUCCUUUCGCAAAGUUUAACAAACAGCUUGAAAUACCGACAUAUACGAUGACCGAAUAUAAUGCCCAUUUGCGGAACAACAUACAGAACUGGAGCAAAGUCCAGACAGAUCAUCUCUUCGACCUGGCAAGGCGCUUUGAUCUUCGUUUCAUCGUUAUGGCCGAUCGCUGGAACCGACAGCAGCAUGGAGCCAAGACUGUGGAGGAUCUAAAAGAGCGGUACUAUGAAGUCGUUGCACUGCUGGCUAAAGUCAAAAAUCAGACAAGCGAAAAGAAAACAUUCGUUUUCGAUGCAGAUCACGAGCGUCGACGCAAAGAGCAACUGGAGAAACUCUUUAAACGCACCACGCAGCAGGUGGAGGAGGAGCAAAUGCUUAUAAACGAGAUGAAAAAGAUCGAGGCCCGCAAGAAAGAGCGCGAGCGUAAGACCCAAGACUUACAGAAACUCAUUUCACAAGCGGAUCAACAAAAUGAGCACGCAGCCAACACGCCGAGCACACGAAAAUACGAAAAGAAGCUUCACAAGAAAAAGGUACAUCAUCAGCCGCGUCCUUCCAAGGUGGACUCAGUGGUCAACGCCAUUGAGAUUGGCAGCAGUGGCAUCAAGUUUGCCGAUUUGCGUGGCUCUGGCGUGUCGUUGCGUUCACAAAAGAUGAAAUUACCCGCCAAUAUUGGACAGCGCAAGGUCAAAGCGUUGGAGCAGGCAAUACAGGAGUUCAAAGUUGAUCCCGCCCCACCACCAACAGAGGACAUUUGCAAUUCGUUUAAUGAGUUGCGCUCGGACAUGGUAUUGCUUUGCGAGCUGCGUACUGCUUUGACCACAUGCGUUUAUGAAAUGGAGAGCCUCAAGCAUCAGUAUGAGGCCGCCUGUCCGGGAAAAACCCUCAACAUACCUCCGUCGUUGGUGCCCAUAAAGACGGAGGCAGACAGAGACCAGAGCUGAAAUUAAUUAAGUUAUUGUAAGCUUAAGCAUUUCCCAGAGUAGCGCAUGCUGCUAAUCAUUGCCCCAACACACACAUUAUAACCUGUUCUCAUAGUUAACUGUGUCCCUCUUGUGACCGCUCUCCAUAUUUGUCCAUUUGCUCUACUCCUAGUCGAGUUUAGUAUUCCAUAAGUAACAAGGCUAAGCAAUGCAUUGUCGAAGAAUAAACGGGAAAACAA